CUUCUUCCCCAACGGUUUCUCAAGCCAAGCCCUCCGGCAGUGGGGUUGGGGCGGAGAGGGCCGGUCUCGGUGAGGCACUGCCGCUUUCCCUGCCGUAACUAUUUCUUCUUUGUUUUCCCUUUUUACAAUCUGCAUAAUCAGAUAAAGUGCAAGAUAGGCGUUUCUUUGCCAGUGGUUUCUUGCCGUAUCGCUAUCAAACAUGGGCACGAUAUCUCAUCGAAAGUUUAUCCGCUGGCUGCCAGACGAGGCUAGCGAGCCAACAUCGACGCUGGUCCUCACCUCACGCGACAACCGCUUUGUCGAUAUCCGCGUGCUGCUCAACGACGAUGGCUGCAUGGAUUCUAGAUGCAAAGGCAGCACAUCAAUAGACUGUCUGGACUGGGCUAUUGGCGGGACAGUAUCGUCUACGAUCAACGAUAGCGGCAUCCGCCGAGCCAAAUUCUCACACUGGAUCAACUCAAGGUCCAAAGAUGCCGACGGUGUUGCCGACGAAGGCGACAUGUACGAACAGGCCGACGGCACAACAUUAGAAAAGGGCAGCAUGGUGAACCCAGAGACGGGCCAAGAUACGGCUUACGAAGAGUCCUGGCUGGAUAUUGAGGUUGCGGUGAACGACGACAAAAAGUCUUGCUUUGUGGCGAAAUUAGACGGCAAGGAUUGCAGAGGCAUGGUGGUGAUGCUGGACGGGCUGUGCCAAGGCGUUAUGCGACGAGGGGACCAUGUCGCUGCCGAGCGGUGGGAGAAGAAGAAUGGCGCUUGGACGAGGUCUGUCCAGGUCGGUCAGGGGGACUUGGUGUGCGAAAGCCUGAUUACUGAUGAGGAGCAGUUUGCGGUUGGACACAAGAUUAUGUCGAAAGAGGGCACGUGGCAGAUUGUGGAAGCAUAUUAGCAUCUUUUUGUUUUCCUGUGAAAGGUGAGCAUGGUUUUAGAGCAUGGCGAACGAAAGGACAGGGGCUGGUUGUUGAUGACGAUGCAUAUUAGAUUUCUUAUUUUAUUUAUUUUUCUAUUCUUCAUUUCCAUACAGUCGUUGCUCGUAUGGCGGCGCUUAAUGUACAUUUUUGAGGGCCUGCGCGUGCCCUAGUAUAGCCUUGCGUUCUCUUUCCGUCAGGUGUAUUUUGAAAUGCUCCUCUAGUACAGAAAUCCGGUGGUCCUCGCUCGUCAGCGCGACAACCUUGUCCUCCUUGACGUCAUUCCCAACCGAAAAUCUAACCCUGUCGUUGAACAGGGUGACAAUCUGCUCAGGGGCAUAGUCUUCUUCGGCGCCCUUGCACACGAUAUUCAUAGCGACGACGUUUUGGACAAAGAAGGAUUUGGGGUUUUUGCUGGUAUAAAAGUUCAUGGCUUCAAAGUCUCGUUCGGCCAUUUCCUGCUCGCUGAGGGCGAAUUGAGGUAGAAACUCGGCGGUUGGGUCGAGCUGCAUGGAGUAUAGCCAGACGCGUUGGGACUGAUCGGUGAAGAAAUCGAGAGCAGUGUAUUCUAGUUUGCCGAGGCGCGUACCAAUGAUUGGGACAAUCGUGGGCUGCGAGAUGUCCAUCUUGAGAGGUUGGAAGGCAGCGGGCGAUCCGAAGCCUACGUCGACGAGGUAGCGAGUUUCCUCGAUGGUGACGAUGAUGCCCAUGUGUGUUCUAUGAGCAAAACGAGUGGUGAGUAAUUAUAGAGAGAUCUGAUUUCGAAUGGUAAGUUGACUUACUGGCCGGAAAAGACGGGUGUGCUGGCACUUACACGCCCAGCAACAGUGACAAUCUUGUAGCCCAGGCCGCGCAGUAGGCCUGCAAAGAGGGUGUUGAGUUCCAUGCAGUAGCCGCCGUGGCCGCGAUCGACAAUCUUUUCAAACACUUCAUCUAGGUUGACGGAUAUGCGACGGUCCUGCGAGUAGUGGAGUGUUGUACUGGCAAAUGGCACGCGCUGGAUAUGCAGACGUUGGAGACGGCGGAGGUACGUGAGGUCGUCGCACUGCGCGCGGCCAUCUCUAGGCAUACCAAUGUGCUCUAGAAGACGGCUGAUUUGUUCGGGUGAGAGAGACAUGGCGAUACGACGUUGAGGUUAGGGGAUACGGGACACGGUGAUGCUAGCUGGUGAGCUUCUUGCGGUAAUAAUGUCAAGGUGAUGAUAUCGGUGUUUGCGCGUCUGCUCUUCUAUGUUUACGGCAAUUUUCGUAGACGACUAGCCGCUUUCUACAGGCUGUGUAAUUGUAAAGUAUUUCAGAGAUGGGGUUUAUAGCAUCUGUAUCUAAUUUUUUUCACUGGUGCUCGUGUUUCGGCC